CCAGAGCCAGUCAAGUCACCACUCAGAGGGUGCUACUACCGUUUUUUUGUGGUGAAUUAGCUAUAGGUUUGUCCGAGUCGGGGAGUGUCAAUGUCAUAAAUAUACCGCAGCUUCCCUCAGCAAUCACCAACCCCCGCGAGGCCCUUGCCUGCUUUCUACUUCAACCUUCUCUAGUUUUUUUUUCUUCAACCAUUUCCACGCCAGAUACAACAAACUUGGUCAUUUGUGCAUCAAUCAAUAACCAUGGAUUCUGGCGAUGUGUUACCCUCUGUUCGGCCCUUGAAGCGUUCGGCUUCGACAGCAUCGUUACCUACACCACCUAGGACUCAAAGGAGGCGACGAAGGAAUAUGCGAUCGAAGAAGGAUGUUUCGACGGAUGAGGAUUGUGAUACAGGAGGCGAGGGACAAGAUGGUCGGGUUAUUUUUGGUUCGGAUGAGGAAGAUGAGGGCGACAAUGCACGUAUUCACAAGCAAGGAAGUGUCAGUCACGUCAGUGAAGACGAUGAGCAAGAUGCAUUCUGGGCAGAAUCAGUUUCAAAACCAAAAGUGUCCAAGAACUCAUCGUCGUGGUCACUCUCAGAGCCUGAAGUAGGCACUGCUCUGGGUGACGAUAAUUCAGAUUUGGAGACGUCUUUUCUUUCUCGACGACGGGUGAAGCAGUCUAUGACUACAAGUUCUGCCCCGGUCUCACCACCGCCUUCUCAUCGCAGGCCACGGGCAGCCAAGGUAGCUAACAUCAAAACUGGUAGGGCAGGUGCAUUUGCUGUUCUCCAUGCUGUCGCAGAAACAGAAGAAGAGGAGUCACCUUCUUCUCGGCCUGAUGCAGAACUGAAGAGCUCUACCAAUGCUAGUCCCCUUCCACUAACAUCCUCACCUCCUACGACACCCAAGACACCAAAGUCACAAAUCCGCUCUGGCAUCUCACCGAUGAUGUUCCUACGGGACUCUCCCGAUAACCCUUUCUUGUCAUCUCCAGAAUCACCGAGUGGUAGCUCCAGCGCAGCCGAGAGGCCAGCUGGAAACGGUGGUGUCUACGAGGAAAAACCGACGGUCGAGAUGGUUUUCCGUGGAGUCCGAAAGUCGUAUCCUAAUCCCUAUUACAACCACAAGCUGGGAAGACCCAAUUCUCCAAAGCUCAAUUCUCUGCUACCACCUGAACAUCCCGAUUUCUCCCCUGAUUCACGUAUCGUACCGAGGGUACUUUGGCCGAGGAAAGCCAAGGUGAAGAACGCGCGCACAGACGAAAUUGAGGAACCCACGACACCAACCAAGGUUAAAGGGAGGAACGUGGCUUCACUUCUGAAGACGCCGCCUAUGACGGUAAAGCGGACUGCUGGAAAGGUUGCUCAUGCCAACAGUCCGAGUUUGAUCGAUAGCGAUGAUGAAAACCAGAAGCUCGACCCGGAAGCUGUGUUUCCAGUGCGGCCGAUCAGGCUCUUCACAAGGAAAUCCUCCUGAAAAUCAUACUGGGUCUUGCUGCUCUUUCAUCCAAUUGCCUCCUUGUUACCACCUCCAUUUUCUUGAACACCUAUGAGUUUUCUCUUUACCCCCCUUGUUCGUUUUUUCUCUUCUCGAUUUGUGCGACACCUUUGUUCUACACAAACGACUGCGAUACCUUAUACAUUAUUCAUAUCUACCUGAAUCCAGUGUAGCUCCUCACUACCUCUUUCCACGUCUACCCACCUACCCUAACCGCUUUUUCACGUUCACUCGUAUUGACUUUCAUCAUGUUGUUUCGCUCGUUGCUUUCUUUAUGACCAAAUGCAAACGAAUUGGGUUACCACACAAUCAGUUUUAAUAUACAGAUACAUACGUUUAUUCUGCUGUAGCUACUUACUCUACAUAUCGAAAAUGUGACUUUGAGUAAAGCUUUGG